UUCCAAUGCUUGGUAGGGAAAAGAGCUCCUAAAGUGAACACAUCUUCUCCUGAACAAAAUCCGCAAUUUUCAUCAAUAAUGAAGUCAUACCACCUCCGUCGUCGAUCUCCUUUUAUGCAUAUUCCUGCAGUAUUUUGUGUGGCUAACAAUCUAUAUCAAAAUGCAAGACUGACUUUGAGAGGCCCAAUAGUUGAGCAAGAAGUCAGCCUUAGGGUUUGCAAUGGAGGGAACACCAAAUAUGCAGUCAUCACUAAUGGUUGGCGGGAGUUCAUUGCAGGAAACAAACUCAGAAAGGGAGACACCUGCAUCUUCAAACUGCAGUGUGCUGGAACUAGUUCAGCUGGUGCUCUGUGGGAUGUUGAGGUUGUUCCUGCAUAAUUCUAGGGUUGGAUGGUUAACAUUGCCAGUUUCUUGGGAUACUGAUUUAGGA